CGAAGGAGGGCGAGUCUAGGGAAAGACGGAGGCACAAUGUCAAUCAAAAUUAAGGAACCGUAAAAGUAGAUCGGUGGGAAGAUCGGCGGCUCAACUGUCUCCUUUGUACCGAAAGUGUUUUGCGGAAUCUAAUAUGCAUCGGGACAAUGAGGAAUACAAAGAUCCGACCCCCCCCAACAGCGUAUCGCUUCACUUUUACAGGAAUUGCACAAAGCGUCUCAUAGAAUCAUAAACUUGGAGUUUCACUUGUCCGCGCUUGUUUUGCCACAGCGUUUCGGUCUGGGAAAGAAAGAUACUAAAGAUUGUUACUCGGGAGGGAAAAAAAUGUGCAUUCGUAUACAUCGUAAAGGAUUGGGAUAUUGAUUUUAAUUCGCGAAAAUCUGGUGUUUUCAUUUCCCUGGAUAACAUUGGUGGUGACUCGCCAUUUCGGGGAAGGAGGUCUCGCCUCCCGAUUACAAACUUCUUUCACUGUUUACGGAAAGGAAGAAGGAGACCAACAUGAGCGGGGGAGAUGUGGUGUGCUCCGGCUGGUUAAGAAAGUCACCUCCCGAAAAAAAGUUGAGACGUUACGCAUGGAAAAAGCGGUGGUUCAUUCUGCGCAGCGGGCGUCUGACCGGCGACCCCGACGUGUUGGAGUACUACAAGAAUGACCACGCCAAGAAGCCCAUCCGCGUAAUUGACCUCAACUUGUGCGAGCAGGUGGACGCCGGUCUGACGUUCAACAAGAAGGACCUGGAGCACAGCUUCAUCUUCGACAUCAAGACCAUUGACCGUGUGUUCUACCUGGUGGCGGACACGGAGGACGAGAUGAACAAGUGGGUGCGCUGCAUCUGCGACAUCUGUGGCUUCAACCCCACCGACGACGAGGCAGCCAAGGCAGCCCACCAUGCAGCCGCGGGGGGCAGCAGUGUGGUGGACGCACCCCCUCAUCCUCUGCUUGGGGGUCCCGCCGCCAUGCUGACCAACGUGCCCCCGCCCUACCAGCCCGUCAGCGUGCGGCACCUGGACUCCCAGUCCAGCCUGGAUGAGCCCCAGGACUACCUGUGGCUGGUCAACUGUGAGAGCAAGAAGCCAGACGCUAACAGUAGCCCCAUCGGGCCUCCCCCUUCCCCCGGGGUGCCGGAGCAGGAGUACCUCCUCCUGGAGGAGUGUGAGAGCCACAGUCCCCAGGCUUGUCCGAGCCACACAGAGUGCUCCAAGUCCACGUCGUCGGAGACGGACCUCAACGACAACCUGCCGUCCCACCGCACCCCCAACUCGUCCACCUCGUCGUCGGGGAAGCACAACGCCGCCCACAACGGCUUCUUCCCGCAGCACGGCGGCCCCGCCUCGGCCUCCUCCAUCUACGACUCGCCGCCGUCGCGCGGCGCCUCGCUCUCCCACGACAGCGGCGGCAGCGGCGCCGGCCUCUACCUGCUGCCGCGCAGCUACUCCCAGGACACGGUGCUGCAGCCCAAGGCGGCCUCGUCCCCCGUGGCCCGCCCGGACGCCGCCAACAGCGACGCCGAUCUCUACGUGUUCAACACGCCGGCGCGCAAGGCCUCGUCCGGCAUGGAGACGCAGCUGCGCAACAUGUCCGUCAGCUACGACAUCCCGUCCACGCCCGGCGCCAACUGCACCUACCAGGUGCCCCGCACGCUGCCGCCGCCCUCCUCGGCGGGGAGUGGCGGCGGCGGGGACGUCGUUGGAGGUAGCGUUGGCGGAGGAGUGGGCGGCGGUGACGUGGUGCCCCCGCCCAGACCGCCCAAGCCCUCGCUGAGCUCCGGGUCCGGGCUGCUGCCGCCGCCGCCGCCGGCCGAGCGGUCGCCCACGGACACGUACUGCGUGCCGCGGUCUGCGUCGGAGGCGGACGGGAACUACUGCGUCCCCACCAGCGCCGGGGUCAAGGCGCUGCGCAGCAACACCAUCGGCCCCAUGGACUCCUCGCGCCUCCGCAAAGAUUUCGGAUCCCAAGACUGCUACGACAUCCCCAGGACUUUUCCGUCAGACAAGACCUGCUCCUUUGACUUCAACGAAAGUUUCAACAGCUACUUUAAAAACAAAGGCAUGAUGCCGGUGGGCAGCCAGUCCAUGGAGGAAGUGGACCAGAACUACGUUCCCAUGAGCGCCAACUCUCCGUCGCACCACCACUCCGGCAGCCUGCCCGAGCCCAUCCAUGAGACCAACUACGUGCCCAUGACCCCCGGCACCGUGGAGUUCUCCUCGCUGGGCAAGCAGGUGCCCCCGCCAGCACACAUGGGCUUCCGCUCGAGCCCCAAGACCCCCCCGCGCCGGCCGAUCCUCAUCAGCGACUGCCAGCCCCCUCCGGUCGACCGCAACCUCAAACCCGACCGCAAAGGUCAGAGUCCUAAAAAUAUAAGAGCAAAGGUUGUCGUAUUAGAACGAACCGACUCCCAAACCGUAGGGGAAUUUCCGAGGCGACGACGCAAGGCAAAGCCCGCCCCAUUGGAGAUCAAACCGCUUCCAGAGUGGGAGGAGCCGUGUGCUCCUGUGCGCUCCCCUGACACGCGAACAUUCGCUAGAGAUCGAGGGGAUUCAACUGGCUGCAAUGGUGGGUUACAUAGCAGUGGCAGCUAUGGUCCCUCCAGGUUCCCCAUGCCCCCGCGGCCCACCUCCAUCCACAGCAUGGCCUCCAGCACCGACUCGGAUGACUGUGACGAGAACUAUGUAGCCAUGCUCUCUAACAUGUCCGCAGACGAACUAAACAUGAAGCUGAGUGCCCCUAAGACAUCGGACGGAGGGAGCAGCCCCCUGGUGAAGCCCAAGGAGGAGAAGCAGGUGGAGUAUCUGGACCUGGACCUAGACCCAGGGAAGUCUACCCCACCCAGGAAGAAGAAGAGCAACGGGACGGGCAUGGCGGCGUCGGACGAGCGCGUGGACUACGUGGUCGUCGACCAGCAGAGGACGCAGGCGCUCAAGAGCACGCGGGAGGCAUGGAACGACGGGCGCCAGUCCACGGAGACGGACGCCCCCGUCAAGGGACCCAAGUGAUCCCCCUCUCCCCGUCACCACCUAGCCGCCCACCCUUUGGUUCCCGUGCGGCUGAGGACGUACUCUGGCGCCUGCGGUCCAACACAUCGCUGAGAUGCUUUGGUCGGUUGGAACCAGGGAAGAGCUCCCUCCCGCAGCCAACUGAACUGGCUUGAGUUUACACUGCGCUUUCGGGGGACGGGGAUGGCUGGUGAGGGGAGGCUGGGACAGGCACUCAGCCCCCUGUGGUGGAUGGUUUCAGGGAAGGGGACGGAGGCGGUGGUUGAAGCCAGGAAUAAGCUGUGUUGUGUGCAGUCUGGAAGCAGGUAGACCGGGAGGUGGAAAGGAAUGAUGGAGAUGGCCUAAGGAGCUGGGAGUCGAACAAAUAACGGAUGAAUCAUAUCUGGACAUUCACUCCCCUACCUCCUGCUUUUUCAACAUGGAAGGGGCUUUUUUUUUUAUUCUGGUCAACUACUGGAGGAAAGAAGGACUGACAUUUCCGUUAAAUGAUGAUGCUGAUGGAUUCUGUGUUGAGGGAGAGAAAAGGUGAAAUGAUAUCCCCCCCCCUUCCCGAACGUCGAUGUCACUUAAUUUCUCCUAUCCUCAAGGGUAUGAGAUUUAAAAAAAAAAAAGACUAAUAUGCUUCGUAUGGACCCAGAUCAGAGGUCAGUUUCUGCAGCUCAUUGAUGAAACAGAGGAUUUUCCAUGACCCUGUUGUGUAGGAAAAUGCCAGUAAGAAAAAGGGCAGGAUAGAGCACCGUUUCUCCAUAACAACAUGUGAUAAAAAUGCCGACAACAGAAAAAUUGCAACAGCCAAUUUUGUGUACAAAAGUGUUAUGUAUAUAAACAACAAAAAAAGUGCCCUUUAUUUGUAAUACGGAAUAUCCCGAGUGUCUUGCUCCUAGGUAUGUGGAUUCUGCAGGGUAGAAUUCUGUGCCUGGCUCAAUGGUAUCAGAAGGUGUGAGAAGGGAUUAAAUUACUGUGAGUUUUCAAAAGAAAGUGACAGGCUUUCUAUAAGUUAUGCACAGGUAUCAAACUUGGGUGAAAGAUAGGAUAUCAGGUACUUUCAUGUUGGGGAAUACUAACCGCUACUUGUUUAUUUAUUUUUUGUUUUUUUUCCCGCUGGAUGUCGCAUUUACAAAUAGCUCCGUGUUCUCACGCCGUGCAGAAAAAUGUGUUCUCAACAAAGCAAACAACAAAGUAAUCUCAACAAAGCGUUAACUUUGAUUACCACAAGUCAGUCAGUUAGUUUCAGGCUUUUUUUGUUUUGCUUGGUCUUUCACUUACUUUUUCCUCUUGGUUUUUAAUUUAUUUCAAUCUGAGCAUUAUACACUCUUGGCUAAUCAUCGGACUGCCUUAACAAGUGCAAACAAACAAAUCAUUUGUAAAUACCGUGUGUACUAUGUUUUUAGCCUUAUUCUUACUAACACUAUCAACUCUGGAGUCCAAAGUCCCAAGCAUGUAUAAGCACCGGAGAUCAACAUUUUUUGCUGUAUAUAUUAUGCCAUAAGCUAUUUAAGCAUGUAGUACUUAUACUGAAAACUGUGCCUAUGAUGUCAAUUUCAUACUAGUUUUUUUCUUUCUUGCAGUUUAGAUGUGAUGUGGACUGCAAAUCUGAUUAUGUUCUUUUUUAAUGAAUCUAGAGAAAUUGUAAAUUUUAAAGUGGACUAAAUAAAAUCACAACAUUUUA